CCUGUCUCAACAUGGCGCCUGAAAACUCUCUUUCUCUUGUCGCUUUGAUAGUGUCGCUCGUUGCUUUGUUGAUGAGCCUCUGGCAGGUCCUGCAAUCAAAUUUCGGCACAGCUGAGGGCAGGCAGCGCACCAACUCAGCCAUCAUGGGCAACUGGGCUGACAUGACUCGAUGGCGCUGGAACUGGAUCGAAUUCCGCUUCGUGAUCAAAUAUGUCACGCCUCACAUCGUGAUUGGAGCAACGGAGAAUCUCCAGGAGAGCGAACUUUACGACCAAGCAAACCCGUCUGGUGGCCGACGAUUCAGGAAAGACCGCUGGAGACUUAACAAGUUCCAUGUUCUGGGGCGGGACACGAUGCCUGAGAACAUUGAAGGAAGGUGGAAAUCACCUAAUGGCGGGCUAGGGUGGUUUCGCAGAAGACUGCACGGUCUCUAUUGGGCUUUGGCUCAUCUUGAUCCUCACGAAUUUGACAGUGAGAUCAUGGUGAGCUGGGAUCGGCUGCUUCAGGUUGCUCAUAAUUAUCAACAGUCGAUUCUUAGUCUGCAGCGACAGGAGUGGGGCAGUAUGUAUUCAGGAACCCAGGCACUGCCAAUACCAAAGACUCUUGAGAAACAAGGAGAGUCAAAUUCCGACAGUUUAACAUCCACCUUGAUUUGCGUCAAGCUGAAGCGUCGGAAUUGGGAUUAUAUUCCAUCGGACAUCAACAGGCCCCUGGCGUCUACAAGUCUUGGUGAUUUAAUGGUGCUUGGCCAACGACUUGGCAUGAGGUGGCAGGAGAUUCGACUUCACGAAGGAUAUCUUCGAGCAGAAGGAAGCGGUUAUACCAUCACGUCCAGUUCCAUCCGUUCUUUCGGCCUCGUAGCCCGAUUGAGUGUCCGGCCAGAGCAUUCAGAAAUCAAAAGUCUUGGUCGCCUGCAAGCAGGACUCGACUUGUCAAACAUUAGUGCAGACAAAUUGUUGAUUCCUAGUGUUCAUGCAGAUCAGAUGCUUUGUGGGAUAGUCCCUGGGGAUCCCGAGCUAGUCGACAGAACAUACCAUACUGUAGGGCCAGAUGCGAAAUCACACCCCGAGUGGAUGUUCAAUGCAAUACAGACCCACGGCGAUGUACAGCAAUUUUGCCAGAAGACCAAUCAGACAAGGACACUGAUCAACGAUGCUAUUUGCUGCAUUUGUCCAUGGAUGCCGUUGAGUACCUCGCCGAUCGUGCGUAUCCAGCAUCCUAUUGCUUGGCAAGGCGGCUAUAUGGGGUACAAGUACUCAUUCAUGCAUUUCUGGGAAGCACGAGAAGUCCUACGAGUUCGUUUGAAAAGAAGAUGCGAUCAAUUGAGCCAAAAGGAAAAGCAAGAACAUACCAAAUUUGAAUAUGCUCAACAGAAAUACGAUGCUCUUGCCGAACACGUUGCUGCUGACGACUUUUAUUGUCGAUGGAAAAAAUCACUCAUCCACCCAGAAGGAAAAGUCAACGCUGCCGCCCCCAAUAGCGGCUACGAGCAAGCUAUUAAAGACAGGAUGGACAUGCUUCAAAGUAUUAAGGACAUAUUCGACGAGACUCAGCGGUUCUUUGAAGCGCGCAACAAAGCUGAUCAACUAAUCCACGAGGAGCAUUUUUCUGUCCCACCAAUCAAGUAUCUAGAGCUUGUUCGAGCAUAUCUCAGCGCUCUCGCGAUCAAAGUCGCUAGACCAGAUUUCAAAGCAAAUCCAGACCACAACCUCGAGAUCGAUCAGAUGUUGUCUGACAAGAAACAUUCCGGGCCUGGUCUGGCCAGAGACAUUGCAGAGAUGACACACGUCAUGGUAGACCAAUGCUCUUUUGUCGCAGAGAAAUUAAGAUUUCGCGAUAAGAAUUUAGUUUCUGACUUGGAUGUUGAAGAGGCGUGGUGGAUGCUUAUGCUUAGGGGGACUUGUUGGAACAUGUCAGUUUGGAUGGAGCCUCCUGAUGCGGGGGCACUGGUACCUUCGUCACUUUAUUCUGAUGGUUCGCUGGUUUGGAUCACGUAGGAGUGCUCUGUAUUGUUAUCUUUUGUGUUCCAGAUAUAUAGCUUCAGCAUUGCUCAUACAAUUCUGCUGUUAUAAUGGCGG